AUGGUGAAGAGUGAUCGGAGACCUAAUGUUGUUACAUAUAAUGCUUUGAUGGAUGGACAUUUUUUGACCAAUAAUAUCAUUGAGGCUAAGGAAGUUUUUAAUAAGAUGAUUGAAAAUGGUUUGGCACCUGACAUUGUUAGUUAUAGCAUUUUGAUCAACGCAUGCUUUAAGAUGAAAAUGGUGGAUGAAGCGAUGGAUCUUUUUAAGGAACUGGAUUCCAGAAAUUUGGUUCCUAGCGUUGUAACUUAUAAUUCUGUUAUUGAUGGGUUGCUCAAAUCACGAAGAAUCUCAUGCGCACAGUAUAUUAUCUAUGAGAUGCAUGAUAGGGGCCUUCGCCCUAACGUAAGCACGUAUAACAUCUUGUUACAUGCAUUUUGCAAAACGGGACAUAUUGACAAGGCAAUUACAUUAUUUAGGCAAAUUGUCAAUCAAGGAUUUCGGCCUGAUGUGAAGACCUACACUAUACUUAUUGAUGGUUUGUGCAAAGGUGAUAGAUUAAAUGAUGCAUGGGACGCUUUUCAGCACCUCUUGGCUAAAGGUUAUCAACUAAAUGUGCGUACCUAUGCUGCUAUGGUUCAUGGACUUUGCAAAGAGGGUUUUCUUGAUGAAGCCGUGGCCUUGCUUGAUAGAAUGGAAGAGAACAAUUGCCUCCCUGAUUCCAUAACUCUCAACAUUGUUAUUCCAUAUCUUCUUGAAAACAAUGAGAAUGACAAGGCAGAUAAGGUUCUCAGUAGAAUGAUUGAUGGAGGCGUGCUGAAGAAAUAA